CAUGACUGAAAGGUUUGGCUCCUUACAGGACCUCUUUCAGUUUCAGGUUGAGGCUUUUGGUUCCUGUUAGAGGCAAGAAUCAGAGGCUGUGUAUAGCAGAGCGCAUUUAUAAAAGAACUCAGAUGAGCUCAGCUGAAGCGUUUGUGUGCUGCUGCAAAGGUAAGAGAACGCUCUGACCAAAUUUCAAAAUACUCUUCUGAAACAGAUACCAAUUAACUAUAUUCAAAUGCCAUUUUACAGCAUCGAAGAUACCGUAGGAGAAGAUGUAAAUGAAGGAGUUAAAUAGUAUGUCUACUCCUAAAUACCAGACAGCAGCAUUCAUGAUUAGAACUGUGACUGCAUUAUCAUGUGUUUUAAUUGUUCUGCACCAGCCAUAUUUAGGGAUCAAUAGAUUAGCGGCCUAGAUACACUUAUUUAGCUUGCACAUCAAAUCUUGUUUUUAAAAAAUCUAAACCUUCUCAAACUAUGUACCAUAGUCCAGCACUACCAAACAGACCGAAACAUCACAACUGAGCAUGAAUCAGUUCCUACAAUAUUCCACUCUUUGAGCUUUGGGUUUGAUCUUUUCCUAUUACAUUACUCUUGCAUUGUCUUUUUUUACUGUAUCAUCCUGCCUUCUAAAUAAUGAUGUUUAGCCAGGGUACUGAGACUUCCUCUAAAUAUGUAUAGCAUUUGUGAGUUGGACCAGAGCAAGAUAAGUAACAGGAAAUCAUGCAGAUUCUUCAAAAAUAGCCUCUCCGUUCACAUUCUUUGAAUAAAAAAAGUAGCCAAUUAAAAGCGGAAAUAAACAGUAGUUUGAAUAUUAAUAUUAACUCUUUGAAAAGUAGGUUUUUUGGAAUGUUUUUUUUUUAAAAAGUCAGUGUUCUAGAACUCCAUUGUUUUCAGUUACCAGCAGCGAUUGUUACAUCAGCGAUAGAAUGUUCAGUUAAGAACAUUCUAAUCACAUAUCUAACAACUUGAAGCAUUAAUGACAUAAAAUUUAACAUACCACAUUUAUGGCGACAAAAUAAAUACUCUGCCGACCUAUCUGAAUAAACAUUAACAAACCAGAUUUCAAGAAAUUGAAAUUAAGACAACCAAAGUUGUAGAUAUGCACACACAAUUGGUUUUGUAAUUUUGAAUGAAAUUGUAAUUUAAAAAGAUGCUUCAUUACAGGGUUGGAGCCACAUCUGGAGCUGGAGGCUUUAUGCGUAGACAGAGUUCCUUUCCUGCAAAAAUAAUGUUUCCUACUUGCAGCACGUACGCACACAGACUGACCAGACUGCUCUGUCUGAUCCUGGCAGGGCGUGUCCUCAGAGCCCUGUGUGUCACCUGGAAGCUGAACGUGCCGAAAACCAUCUCCGCUGUGCAGGGAACCUGCGUGGUCAUCCCUUGCCAGACCGGACCUCACACCAGGGCUGUCUGGUACCAGUACCACUCCCUCAGAUGGCCCAAGGUGUACGACGGCCUGAACCCGGGGUCGGUCCUAAAUGAGUUCCGGGGACGGACGUCGGUGCUGGGCUCCCCUCGGCAGGGGAACUGCUCUCUGAGGAUCGAUGCCGUUAGGCAAGCAGACGAUGGCGUCAGCCUGUACGCGUGGAUCAACCCAGAUGAGUCCAGCAGCCAGCAGUUUCACAAACAAACAGUAGUGCUCAAGGUUACAGGAAUUGAAGUACCCCAAAUAUCCAUCCAGGGUCCGAUGACAGAAGGCUCCCUCGUCUCUCUAAACUGCAGCGUGCCUCACUCUUGCCCCACAUCCCCCCUGGCCCUCGUUUGGGCGGGCCUGCCCGAGGGACAUGCCUCCAGCGUUACCACGGCGGCAGACGUCCCGCGGGGCGUGUGGGUGUCCGUGGCGACGGCGAGCUGGAGGGCGUCGGGGCGGGACAACGGCAGGAUGGUGGCCUGUUCCGUGCGGCUUGACCGCGAAAUCCGGCAGGUCGUCCGGCUGGAUGUUUCACACGCCCCUGUAGACGUCAACCUCACAGCCGAGAUGCCUGUUGUUAAGGAGGGAGAGGCGGCAAUGCUGAGGUGCAGUGGUGACGGCAACCCCCCGCCAACUGUCUACCGGUGGCUGGAGAGGCGGGGCGGAGAGACCGUCCAGCUGAACUCGUCUCGGGAUGAGGUGUCUGUACCCAGGGUCUGGCGAGACUCCUCCUUCUCCUGCGUCGCGCAGAACCCUCUUGGGAGUCGCCAGUCGGACUGGCUGUCGCUCAACGUCCAAUUUUCUCCCGUCAUCCUGCCUGGAAGCGCCUGCUUUGUGACCGGUGGUGCUUUGAGGUGCGUGUGCCGGGUGGAGGCCAGUCCCAACGCCACCCUGCACUGGACCGUCAACAACAACGACCCCCCAGCAUCCUUUGCUUCUGUCGUCGAGCAGGAGGGUGCCGUGACAUCGGCCGUGCUGACAGGGCCUCUGGGGAAGCAGCUCAAUGUGUCCUGCACUGCAUACAACCCCAUAGGGAACGUCACCUACAACCUGCCAAUAAACAACACACUCAUUUCUCCCGUCAUCCUGCCUGGAAGCACCUGCUUUGUGACCGGUGGUGCUUUGAGGUGCGUGUGCCGGGUGGAGGCCAGUCCCAACGCCACCCUGCACUGGACCGUCAACAACAACGACCCCCCAGCAUCCUUUGCUUCUGUCGUCGAGCAGGAGGGUGCCGUGACAUCGGCCGUGCUGACAGGGCCUCUGGGGAAGCAGCUCAAUGUGUCCUGCACUGCAUACAACCCCAUAGGGAACGUCACCUACAACCUGCCAAUAAACAACACACUCAAAUAG